AUGGGUUGUAAACAACAGCUGCUUUACCAGAAACCCGAAGAAACACCAUGUCUAUGUGAUUCAGCCCAGCAGCUGCAGGGUGGAAGCCUUGCACCAGAUGCCAGGCUCUGUAUGGGCCAACACUUCCCCAUCGAGGUGCGACAUUACCUGGCCCAGUGGAUUGAGACUCAGCUCUGGGACUCAGUGGAGCUGGACAACCCGUCAGAGGGAGGCCAAGGCCAGCGUUUGUUGGACAGUCCUGGUGCAGAGCUGCAGAGAAAAGCUCAGCUUCAGGGAGGAGAGGAUGGCUUCCUCCUGAAGAUCAAACUGGGUCACUACGCCAACCAGCUGAAGAGUACUUAUGACCGUUGUCCUUUGGAGCUGGUUCGGUGCAUCAAACACAUUCUACAGUCAGAGCAGAGGCUGGUUCAAGAGGCUACAAAUGCCACUUGUGGCGGCGACGCUCAGUCCAUGGACAGCCUGUCACAGCGCCACCAGCAGAUUAACCAGACCUUUGAGGAGCUGCGAUUGGCCACUCAGGAGACGGAAAACGAACUGAGGAAGCUGCAGCACAGCCAGGAGUACUUCAUUAUCCAGUACCAGGAGAACCUACGCAUCCAAGCUCAGCUCAGCAGCCUGGCGUCGCUGCCCCCCACUGAACGAACUCAGAGAGAGACCACCCUGCAGAGUAAGAGGGCUACCGUGGAGGCCUGGCUCACCAGAGAGGCCAGCACUCUGCAGAAAUACAGGCUGGAUUUAUCUGAACAGCAUCAGAAGACUCUGAACCUCCUGAGAAAGCAGCAGACCCUGAUCCUAGAUGACGAGCUCAUUCAGUGGAAGAGAAGGCAACAGCUGGCUGGAAACGGGGGUCCACAUGAGGGGGGGCUGGACGUCCUCCAGUCCUGGUGUGAGAAACUGGCAGAUCUGAUCUGGCAGAACCGGCAGCAGAUCCGGCGCUGCGAACAUUUGACCCAGCAGCUGCCUCUUCCUGGCCCCAUGGAGGAGCUAUUGAGCAAACUCAACGCAGACAUCACCGACAUCAUCUCUGCCCUGGUCACCAGCACCUUCAUCAUAGAAAAGCAGCCGCCCCAGGUGUUGAAGACUCAGACCAAAUUUGCGGCUACAGUGCGCCUCCUGGUGGGUGGAAAACUCAAUGUCCACAUGAACCCACCUCAGGUCAAAGCUGUGAUCGUGAGUGAGCAGCAGGCCAAAGCUCUCCUGAAGAACGAGAGCACACACAGUGAAAGUAGUGGAGAAAUCCUCAACAACAACUGUGUGAUGGAGUAUCAUCAGGCCACUGGGACACUCAGCGCACACUUCAGAAACAUGUCACUGAAGCGGAUCAAGCGUUCAGAUCGUCGAGGCGCAGAAUCAGUGACAGAGGAGAAGUUCACCGUCCUGUUUGAAUCUCAGUUCAGCGUUGGAGGAAACGAGCUGGUGUUCAAUGUCAAAACGUUAUCGCUCCCUGUGGUGGUGAUCGUCCACGGCAGCCAGGACAACAACGCCACGGCCACCGUCCUGUGGGACAACGCCUUCGCUGAGCCGGGCCGAGUCCCCUUCAUCGUACCAGACAAAGUCCUGUGGCCCCAGCUCUGUGAGGCCCUCAACAUGAAGUACAAGGCAGAGAUGCACAGUGGGCGGGGCUUGACCGAAGACAACCUGGUGUUCCUCGCACAGAAGGCCUUUACGAGCAGCAGCAACAACCCUGAAGACUAUCACAACAUGACCAUAUCCUGGGCCCAGUUCAACCGGGAGAGCUUACCAGGACGAAACUUCACUUUUUGGCAGUGGUUUGAUGGAGUUGUGGAGCUUAUGAAGAAACAUCUCAAGCCUCACUGGAAUGAUGGGGCCAUUCUGGGCUUUGUUAACAAGCAGCAGGCUCAGGACAUGCUGUUGUCCAAACCCAACGGAACCUUCCUGCUGCGCUUCAGUGACUCUGAGAUUGGAGGCAUCACCAUCGCCUGGGUGGCAGAAAACCCCAACAAGUCAGGUGAGAGGCUGGUCUGGAAUCUGCUGCCGUACACCACCAAAGACUUCUCCAUCCGCUCUCUGGCCGACCGCAUCAGCGACCUCAACCACCUGCUGUUUCUGUAUCCGGACCGGCCCAAAGACGAGGUUUUUGCCAAGUACUACACCCCCCCUCUCUCAAAAGCCCCAGUGGAUGGAUACGUCAAACCACAGAUCAAGCAGGUUGUACCAGAGUUCACCACUCCAAACCCUGAACCCAGCGGAGGAGCUUCGUCCUUCAUGGACCAGACCGCCUCCCCCUCUGUGGGACACCCCAACAGCUUUGGAGUCUACCCCCCCAUGGGCGACGCCAUGCUGGACGCAGAUGGAGACUUCGACCUGGAGGACACCAUGGACGUGGCCCGUCACGUGGAGGAGCUGCUGCGCCGGCCCAUGGCCAACCAGUGGAGCAACCAGCAACCCUGAAGCUCCACCCAGAAGCUGCUGCAGAGCCUCUGGUCCCCUCCAUGUUCCUGAGCACAAACAGCUCAUUACUACUCACUAACUCUGCUCACUGUCACCAGCCCACAGGACCUGGAGAAGGUAACACCUCCCACAAAGAGUCUCCCCCUCGUAGAUUCUCAGGGCUGUGGUGUACAGGUGUUUGUACCAAUGGAACCACACACACAAACUGUUCCUUCAUCCUCUCAUGUGUAUGUAUCUAACAUGUCCUGGUGAUAUGGGGAGACUUUGGCAUGAAACCUACAACUUCAGAGUAGGAAUGGACA